AUGUCUGUGGCUAAUACUAAGGUUAAGUCUCAGAAUCAAGAUCAUGUUCAUGAUCAUGCUCAUGCUCACGCUCAUGCUCAAGCCCAUGCUUAUGCUCACGCUCAUGCUCAAGCCCAUGCUCAAGCUCAUGCUCAAGCCCAUGCUUAUGCUCACGCUCAUGCUCAAGCCCAUGCUCAAGCUCAUGCUCAAGCCCAUGCUCAAAAUCAUGCUCACUCUGAAGUUCAUGCUCAGACCCACGCUGAUGCUCAACCACAAGCUCACGCUCAUUCUCAAACUCAUGCUCGUGCUCAUGCCUAUGUCUAUGCCCAUGCCCUACCCCACUUUACAAUCCUCUAUCCUUAA